ACGCGCUUCCGCUUGGCUCCGGAUGUUCCUUCGAACGUUCUCCGGCUGGCGCCGGGCUGGAUUCUGGGCUUUAAAGUCAUGGACGUGAAGAACUCUGGCCUGGUUACUCCCAAAAAAACUGUCUUAUCUGUCAGUGCAAGAAAAAUUAAGGACAAUGCUGCAGAUUGGCACAAUUUAUUAUUGAAAUGGGAGACUCUCAACAAUAUGGGGUUUUCUAUUGCAAACAAAAUAGGAAACAUCAAAAUCAGUGCAUUUACUGAAGACAAGGUAGAACCAGAAUGCAACAGCAUUGCUUCUGGCAUUCAUUCUCCAAAGGAGCAUCCAAAAUAUAAUGAGGAACUUGAGAUGUUGUGCAAGGAACUUCAUGACACCUUGGAAAACUUGGCUAAGGUACAGGUGAAAAUGGAAAAGUUAACAUCAACCACUAAAGGAAUUUGUAACCUAGAAAAUUACCAUCGUAGAAAUGGAAAUGAUCAAACACCCCUUUUCCAUACGUGGCCUACUACCUACUUCUAUGAAGUUUCCCAUAAGCUUUCAGAAAUGUACAAGAAGGAAAUACUCCUCAAACGCAUCAUUGUUGAAGAGCUCGCCCAUGCUACGAACCAGGAUCUCAUUUUAAGCUACCUCUCUAUGUGGUUGUACCAGCCCUACGUUGAGAACAGCAGGCUUGAUGUGGAAAGCAUGCUACUUGAAACUGGACAUCGAGCAUUAUAAUUUUUCCAGAACGAUUUUGUUUUUGAAUCCAAACUCCCCAAACCAGAAUGAACCUUUCUUUCCAGGUCUCAUGACAUAGGCCCACUGUUGCCUCAUACAUUCCUUCCAGGGUCACUUGCAGAAUGAGUUGCUUCAGUUCCACCUUAUGUAUCUCUUAACAUCACUCUGGUACUAACUUUUAAAGUGGGUGCUAGUCAUCUACUCAGUACCUACUGUUAAAACCAUGACCCUCCAAAAACUGAUCGUGUUUGGCAGAAAAUGUUUAGAGCAGCAUUUACUUCCACAGUAAGUUCCAAAUGAUUCUCAGCCUACUGUUUAAAAAAAAAAAAACACCACCCACACAAUGGGGUGAGAUCAGGGAAAUGAAAGGAGGUACCUUUCACAAUUAUAAAUGGGAGAAUCCUAAACCAAAGGAUAGAAGUGUAAGAUUAAAAUGCAUGUGUACAAACAAAACCAAGAGAAACUAUAGAUUCUUUGAACCCUUUGACCCAGAUAUCUGUCUUCUACAAGGCACAUACAACAAAAGGAGGCCAAAGAGGGAGGUGAGGGACAGCCCCGUUGUUGUUAAUGGCACUUUUUGUGGAAGAAACAAGAAAUUUGAGUUACUCGGAGCAACUAGGGAAGAUGUGCAUGAACUUAUGUAGAGUGAAGAAAGCAGAAUCAAGAACUAUGUUUGAUGGAAAGAAAAAUUUUAAAAAAUGAGGUUAGGGUAAGUAAUAUUAAUCAGAAGACCGAUGAGACACGUGGUUUUUCUCUCGGCAGGUUGAGGGGUUUUUCUGGUGUGGAGCGGUGUGUCAGUUUCACUUGCCUAACUGUUUUUGUUACAAAGGGGAGUGGGGGCAGAGAUAUAUAAAUGCUAUUUUAAAAGAAAGCAGUAAUUUAAAAAGUCCUUUUUCAGAUAUUUGUAAUUGCUCAUUAUCCAGCUCUAUUUUCAAGCCCUCAAAAAGCAGCAUAGUAGUCAAGAUUUUGCUGGAAUUCAGAGUCAGAAAGACCUAGGUUCAGAUGCUGCUUUUUAUACUUACGAGCUGUGUGACCACAGCACUUAAUAUGUCAUUAAAAGGAAGAUCAUACCACCGAUGAUACCUACCUUGUGGAAUUAUUUUAACACCCAAGCAAGUUAAUGUAUAUUAAAGCACUACAAAUUUUUAAGUUC